AUGCUGUCGCUCACGCCAGGACUGCGCCUACUUCUCCGGUUCCUAUCAAGUCUGAUAAUCCCAACGGUUUUCAUCUACGGUGCUGCCCGUCUCGCUGAACAUGGCAUCAUCUACGAUGUCCCGACUUGGGUUCUCGCAUUUGCUUGGAUCGCGUAUUUGCCAUUGACGAUGGCAGUGCGCUCAGUCAUCACAUGGGUGCAAGAAGAACGCGACAUUCGCCGCCUCGGUGCAGUCCCCAUUCCAGCGAUCAAGGGCCGACUACCAGGGAACAUGGAUGUUGUGGCAAGACUGAAGACCAGGACGACGCAUGAACGGAUUGAAUCGCUGCAGCAAGAACAUGGCAUCAUAUUCAAUACGAGGCUCAUGGCACAGAACAGGAUCUUCACCGCUGACCCGAAUCACAUCAAGAGCAUUCUGGCGACAGACUUCAAUAUUUGGGAGAAAGGACAUAAGUUCAGAGCAGAUAUGGCCUCCGUGCUUGGAUCUGGCGUCGUCGAUGGUGUUUGGAAUAACUCACUGUCCCUUGUACGCAGGUUCCACCGCUCCAUGACCCGACCAUUCUUUGCCCGAGACCGCAUCACCGAUUUCGAGAUCUUCGCUCGCCACGCAGACGAAGCGAUUGCUGUGAUACGUGCAAGGCAGGGCAACCCGAUCGACUUCCAGGAUGUCUUGCAACGCUUUACUCUCGACUCUUCUACGGAGUUUCUGCUGGGCAAAUGCGUCAACUCUCUCCACGCCCUGCUACCCGCGUCGUAUGGGAAAAUAGAGAUAGCUUCUCUCACAGCGGAGGCUUUUGGGCCGGCUUUGAACAGAAUGGCGGCAUGGCCGCUGUUUGAGAUACUCGAGGACAAGACGACACACCCUAAGCUCAUCGCGGAUGAGGUUCUGAACAUCCUCAUAGCAGGCCGUGACACUACAUCUACAACACUUACAUUCCUCGUCUACCUCCUUUCAGUGCAUCCUCACGUGCUAGUUCGCCUGCGGGAGGAGAUUCUCUCUCGCGUCGGUCCCUCUCGCUAUCCGGACUUCGAGGAUAUGCGUGAAAUGAAAUACACCCGUGCUGUUAUUAACGAGACGAUGCGCCUCUUCCCUGCCGUCCCUGUGAACAUCAGGUCGAAUGUACGAGCAACUACCCUACCUUCCAAUGUGCCUGGAGGCAAACCGUACUAUGUUCCUGCGAACAGCGAGGUCGCCUACUUCGUGGUGGCGAUGCAGAGGAGCAAGGACGUAUGGGGUCCCGACGCUGAUGAGUUCGAUCCUAGUCGGUUCCUGGAUGAACGGCUCCAGAAGUAUGUGCUGUCCAACCCAUUCAACUUCGUCCCCUUCAAUGCCGGACCGCGCAUAUGCCUAGGGCAGCAGCUCGCACUCGACGCCCAGCCCGCUGAGGCAAAGCCCCCGGUCAAGUGGGCAAGCGGUAGUGGGAAGGCAAUCGAGAAACUCAUUCCGAAGAGCGCUCUGACACUAUACGUAAAGGGCGGCUUGUGGAUGAGGUUUGAAGAAGCUACGGCCGAAGCAUGA